UUUCCAGAAUCGUCAUCUCCUUUUCUCAUUUCUCUCUCUACUUUCUCUCUCUCUAAAUAUAUCCAUGUCCUGAAUUUAUAUAAUUAUUAUAUAUACGGCUCCAUAGACAACGCGUGUGCAAUUCGAGAGAAUAUUUAUAUCCGUCCACAUACAAUUCCUAAAUCAUUUUGAACUUUGUUCUUAAAGCAGUAAAGUGUGAUUGAUCGGUUGUGAAGGGUUUAUAUCCAAUUUUAUUUGUAAUUUUCGUUGAUCAGAGUCAUCGAUGGAGGUUGGAGUGGAUAAUUCACCGGAGAUCGUCGGAGUUGCGAUGGAGUUUCCGGUCGUCGACGGUGCAGGGUUAUCAUCGCCUCCAACUUUGCCGCCUAGGCUUCGCCGAAGACUAACCGAAACAAAGGCGUCUCCUUCUAGUGUUGAAGAAAUCGAAGCUAAGCUUCGGGAUGCAGAUCUUCGUAGACAGAAAUUUUAUGAGCAUUUAUCAAGCAAAGCAAGGCCAAAGCCCAGGAGUCCUCCACAAUCUGCAUAUGAAGAGAAUCUUGGUCAACGUCUUCAGGCGAAGCUCCUGGCUGCUGAACAGAAGAGGUCUAGCAUUUUAGCAAAAGCCCAAUUGCGUCUAGCAAAGCUUGAUCAGUUGAGGCAAGCAGCAAGAACUGGAGUAAAAGUGCGUGUGAAGAAAGAAUGUCAAGAACUUGGUACAAAAGUGGAAUUAAGAGUAAGGCAAGCAGAAACAAACAGAAUGAGAAUCUUGAAAGCAUACAGACAAAGAAGGGCCACAUUAAGGGAAAGGACAUCAGAAUCUCUUAUAAGAAGGAUUGCAAGAGAGAGUAAGUAUAAAGAGCGUGUUUGUGCUGCUAUUUGUCAAAAAAGGGCAGCUGCUGAACAGAAAAGAUUGGGAUUACUUGAAGCUGACAUGGAAAAAGCACAUGCCAGGCUUUUACAAGUAAGAAAGGUAGCCAAGUUGGUCUCUCAGCAGCGAGAGAUUGAGAGGAGGAGAUUGAGGGAAACUUUGGAAGAUAAACUACAAAGGGCAAAGAGACAGAGAGCAGAAUACCUAAUGCAAAGAGCAAGGCUACAUAACACUAUAGGUGCAAAUUGGUCCAAGAAAAUGCAGAAUCAAGCUGACAAUCUUUCUAGAAAAUUAGCAAGGUGCUGGAGGAAAUUUCUUAAAAAGGGGACCACCUUUGACUUGGUCAAAAGUUACUCUGUUUUAAACAUCAAUGAGGAUCAUGUAAAGUCAAUGCCAUUUGAGCAGUUUGCACUUCUUAUUGAAACACCCUCAACACUCCAGACUACAAAAUCUUUACUUGAAAGGCUGGAGAUUCGUUACAAAGCUAUGAAAGGCACUUCAUCUGGCAUCAACUCCCAUGGUAAGGAUGACAUUGAUCACCUUCUUAAACGUGUAGCUUCACCUAGCAGGAGAAACACCACCCCCAGAAGUGCUGCUGCUGCUGCCCGGAGUAGACACGCAAAGAAACCAGUGGCUGCCCGAGCUGCCCCCAAGUCACCAGUUAAGUUAUCAAGGUACCAAGUGAGAAUAGUCCUAUGUGCAUACAUGAUUCUCGGUCACCCUGAUGCGGUUUUUAGUGGGCAAGGGGAGCGUGAGUCUGCUUUAGCCAAUUCUGCAAAGAAAUUUAUCCAAGAAUUCGAGUUGCUGAUUAAUAUAAUAUUAGAUAGACAUCAAGAAUCAAACACUAGAAGCACAUUCAGAUCACAGCUUGAAGCUUUUGAUUCUGCAUGGUGUGCGUAUCUGAAUAGCUUUGUGGUAUGGAAGGUGAAGGAUGCUGAAUCUUUAGAGGAGGAUUUGGUGAGGGCUGCAUGCCAGAUGGAAAUUUCCAUGAUGCAAAAAUGCAAACUUACACCUGAAGGAGAUAAUGCUGAUCUUACACAUGAUAUGAAAGCUAUUCAGAAACAGGUUACAGAAGAUCAACAACUGUUGAGGGAAAGGGUAAUGCACCUGAGUGGAGAUGCAGGAAUAGAACGCAUGAGGAAUGCUCUUUCUGAUACACGAACAAAAUACUUUGAAGCAAAGGAGAAUGGUAGCCCUGUUGGUUCACCAGUGCCACAUAUACCCCCAUACAAUGCUGACUCAGACAAAAGAAACAGAAGUGAAGAAGAGCCUAGCCGUGUGGUUCGUUCCCUAUUCCAAGAUGAUGCUUCCAAACCACUACAAAAAGAUGUGGGCCCCUCUGGUGCUAAUAAUCAUUCUGUCAGCAUGGAGAAUGAGUUGAUUGUGAAUGAAUUUGUUCAUGGGCAACACUAUUCAUCUGCCAACAGUUUGAAUGCUAGUGACGAGGACCAGACGAUGGUGAAGGUACGACAAACAAUGGAAAAAGCUUUCUGGGAUGGAAUCACGGAUUCCAUUCAUCAGGACAAUUACGAUCGCAUUGUGGAAUUGAUGAAGGAAGUGAGCGAUGAACUUUGUGAGAUGGCUCCUCAGAGUUGGAAACAAGAAAUCAUUGAAACAAUUGAUGUUGUUAUUCUUUCACAGUUGUUGAAUUCUGGAAGUUUAGACAUGGAGUAUCUAGGGAAAAUUAUGGAGUUUGCAUUAGUGAGCCUACAGAAACUUUCAGCUCCAGCAAAUGAAAACAAUCUUAAAGAAUCCCACCAAAAAGUCUUACAAGAACUAGCCGAUAUAUGCCAAAAAGACAAUUCUAACCAUUCACAUGCCAUAGCACUGGUUAAAGGCUUACGCUUUGUCCUCGAGCAGAUACAGGUGCUGAAGCAAGAAAUUAGCAGUGCCCGUAUAAAGAUAAUGGAACCAUUACUAAAAGGGCCCGCUGGUUUGGAGUAUUUAGGAAAAGCAUUUGCAAAGCGAUUUGGUCAACCAUCCGAUGCGUUGACUCACCUUCCGUUGACUUCCAGAUGGCUUUCUUCAUUAGGGUCGACCUAUAAUCAGGAAUGGAGUGACCACAAACAGACCCUUGAAAGUUUGCAAGAUGGUUUACCUAAGGUGGUUGUUCCUUCUACUGCUCUUAGAACUGGUGGAAGCUUCUCUAAUGGAUUGCAAACUUCAUCCUCUGUUUCUAAUUCUAUAACAGAUGCUGAUGCUGCAGAUAAUCAGUACUCAGAGUGCAAGGGAGAGAAGCGUGAUUUGUUAGUGAGACUCGGUUUGCUGAAGCUGGUGAAUGAUGUUUAUGGUGUGACUCAGGAGGAGUUGCCCGAAACAUUGAAGCUCAACUUUCUCAGACUGAGGGUUGUUCAGGCCCAACUUCAGAAGAUCAUUGUGACUGCUACAAGCAUACUAGUUCUUCGACAAACACUUGUAAUGGAGCAAAUGAUAUCAACACCCGAAGAGAUGGAAGCCACAAUACAAAAAUGUUCAACAGAGCUUUUACAGAUUCUAGACACCAUGGAAAAUGCGGGCCUUGAAGAAAUCGUUCAAGUUCUAAACAAAACCGCAGACAAAUUCGAUAAGUCCAAUGAUGUAACAAAAGCCGAAUCAAGAAGACUCGUGAUGGCAAGAAUGUUGAGAAAAAGCGUGCAAGCCGAUGACUCUGUGUUUGUGAAGGUGUCUAGGGCGGUGUAUCUGGCUACCAGAGGGGUGUUACUUGGCGGCAACCAUGGGAGGAGAUUGGCAGAGAUGGCACUCCGGCAGGUGGCGGCGGCAGUGGUUCUUACCGAUAGAGUGGUGGAGGUUGGGAAGGUGUUGGGGGUGAUGGCAAGUGUGAGUGGGAGUGUUCAUGGAGCGUGGUAUGAUAAGUUGGUUGAGAAUGUGUGACAGUGUGAGUAGUUGUGUUGUUUGGUUUGUGAUUUGUACAUAUAUAAACUUGGUCAGUGGCGUGGGAUUUUUAAGUACAUGAUUUGUGUAGAAAAUGUGGUAGUAAAUAGUGUAAGGGAGGAGGUAUGUGUAAAUUUGCUACUAAAUCCGUGUAUGUAAAGGGCAUGAAUAAAAAAAUGUUUAGUGA